AUGACGCAACUUAAUACUAUUAACGUGGAUUUUCUGUUCCAUAGUUUAAAAAUAGCUCCCCCCCACCCCGCCGUCCACUCUCUUUCCCACCGCGCAACCCCCUCUCCCUCCCACCCGCUGUCGCUUCUCCCUCCCAUCCGCCGUCGCCGCUCCCUCCCUCCCGCCGUCGCCGCUCCCUCCUCCCGCCGUCGCCGCUCCUUCCCACCCGACCGUCACCUCCCCCUCCCCUCCCGCCGUCGCCUCCCCGUUCCUCCCGCCGUCGCCUCUCCCUCCUCCCCGCCGUCGCCUCUCCCUCCUAUCCGCCGUCGCCGCUCCCUCCUAUCCGCCGUCGCCGCUCCCUCCCAUCCCACCGUCGCCUCUCCCCCCAUCCCGCCGUCGCCUCUCCCCCCAUCCCGCCGUCGCCUCUCCCUCCCAUCCAGCCGUCGCCUCACCCUCCCAUUCCGCCGCCUUCGGCGACAGGUCACGAGCAAGCUGGUGCGCGAGUGGGAGCUGGUGCGCGAGCGCGGGUUGGUCUCUGCACCGUGA